AUGACUGCUGCUUCAACUCCACUCAACUCUAGUAGUUGGGCUAAAGCCCAGAUGCCUCGCCCCACUGAUCUGGGCUUUCCAUUGUGGUCUAUCUACCUGAAGAAGCCCAACAAUAGUAGAGCAAGCAUUGUUCAUAGCGUAAACAGUUCUUUGCACUCUUCUUCGGUGCUUCAUUUCCCAAAACAGAGCUCCCGGCAACCAUUAAUUUCGAAACCUGACAGCUCUGUUCAAUUCAACACCCAUCAAUUUCCUCCACAGUGGAAUUUGCUACAAAGAGCUGCUGCCAUGGCCUUGAACAUGGCCGAAGGCGUGUUGCUUUCCCUCGAGCGCCAACACCCACUUCCCAAAACCUCGGACCCGAGAGUUCAGAUUGCCGGAAAUUUCGCUCCCGUACCCGAACAACCUGCUAUGCACUCACUUCCGAUCACUGGCACAAUCCCCGACUGCAUCAACGGCGUUUACCUCCGAAACGGAGCCAACCCUCUAUUUGAACCUGUCGCUGGCCACCACUUCUUCGACGGCGACGGCAUGGUUCACGCCGUCACCAUUCAUGGCCACUCCGCCAGCUACGCGUGCCGGUUCACCGAGACACAAAGGUUUCUCCAAGAGCAAGAACUCGGCCGUCCGGUCUUCCCAAAGGCCAUAGGUGAGCUCCACGGACACUCCGGUAUCGCACGCCUUCUUUUAUUCUACGCUCGAGGGCUUUUCGGACUUUUGGACAAUAACCAUGGCACCGGAGUCGCCAACGCCGGGUUAGUGUACUUCAACGACAGACUGCUCGCCAUGUCGGAGGACGACUUGCCAUAUCAGGUAAGAGUCACUACCUCCGGGGACCUUGAAACCGUAGGCCGAUACAAUUUCGAUAACCAGCUCAAGUCCACCAUGAUUGCUCACCCAAAGGUCGACCCAGUUUCCAAAGAGCUCUUUGCUCUCAGCUACGACGUUGUCCAGAAACCGUACCUCAAGUACUUCAAAUUUUCUCCGGAUGGAAAGAAGUCCCCGGAUAUUGAAAUUCAAGUGCCGGCGCCUGCCAUGAUGCAUGACUUUGCAAUCACCGAGAACUUUGUGGUGAUUCCAGAUCAACAGGUGGUGUUCAGGCUCGACGAAAUGAUUAGAGGUGGCUCUUCCGUGAUUUACGACAAGAACAAGAAGUCACGGUUCGGAAUUCUCUCAAAAAAUGCCCGUAAUGCUUCAGAUAUUGUCUGGGUCGAGUCCCCAGACACGUUUUGCUUUCACUUGUGGAAUGCCUGGGAGGAACAGGAGUCUGAAGAGGUCGUGGUGAUCGGCUCAUGCAUGACACCGCCGGACUCUAUUUUUAAUGAAUGCGAUGAGAGCUUGAAAAGUGUGCUCUCUGAAAUCAGGUUCAAUUUGAAGACUGGAGAGUCGGCGCGGAGAUCGAUAAUUUCGGCCUCCGAGCAGGUGAACCUAGAGGCCGGGAUGGUGAACCGGAACAAGCUUGGGAGGAAAACAAGGUACGGUUACCUCGCCAUUGCUGAACCGUGGCCAAAGGUGUCCGGGUUCGCCAAGGUCGAUCUUUCAACUGGGGAGGUAAAGAAGUAUUUAUACGGCGAUAAAAGGUACGGCGGAGAGCCAUUUUUCUUGCCAAGAGACCCCCAUUCAGAAAAGGAAGAUGAAGGGUAUAUUCUUACUUUCGUCCACGACGAGACGACAUGGAAAUCCGAGCUUCAGAUUGUGAACGCCACGAAUUUACAGAUAGAAGCUUCAGUAAAGCUGCCCUCGAGGGUUCCGUAUGGUUUUCAUGGCACGUUUAUAGACUCAAAGGACUUGACAAACCAGGCGUAG